AUGUCAAAUUUUAAAAUCUUUCAUAGUUGAAUAAAUUCAAUGAAUCCCUAUUUUUAAAGGGUGCAAAUAACAUGGGUUAUAAAUGAAUUUGUAUUAUUCAGCCACCAGAGUGUUUUCAGCUGGUUGGUUUUUGUAGGAAGAUGACAAUAAUUCACAACUUUCUACAAAAGUCAAACAUCACUUGAGAGGCUAAUGGUUGGAAUAUGCCAGUCUUGUAAUGAUUAUGUAUGCAGUAUGGGGCGUUAAAUGUCUGCAAAGAUGAACAAACAUGAAAUAGAGAGCCAACCACAGGUCAUGAAAAUUGUUUACAAAUAUGAGAUGGAGUGGGAUAAACAGGCAAGACUUAUUUAUGCACUAUGCGUCCUCAGUGCUAUUCUCUUCCUAUCUCCCUGUCUCCAUCCCUCCACACCCCCCCCCUUCUCCAGGAGCCCUCUGAUCUCUGUCCUCGCUCUGUUUUCUGUCCAAUGUCCUCUGUUCUUUCUCCUCUCCGGUGUUGGCAAGCUGAUGUUAAGGCCUGGGAAUGGGGAAACACCCGAUGAUUGUUUGCACACAAUCACUCCCGUUUAUUGCGGAGAGGGAACUCCUGACCUUCACUCUGUGGAAUCUUACAGUUUUCUAUCUUUACUUUUCACUAAAGACAAGGUUUCAGUAAUCAAGGCCGAAUGUACAGAAGAGAGUAAGAGAAGCACCUUCUGUAAUGGAUGAGGAUAAGACUGCCACCUGGGAUGACAGAGCAGUGCCGUAGGUAACCUUUUUAGUUAGUUGAUGUGGACCUGACGAGACGUCCCCGGUGCUCCUGAAUUAACACUCUGAACCUCCUGGUCAAAUCCCUGGAGGAGGCUGAUGAACCAUGCGCUGCUCGACGCUGCUGACGAUCCUGGCAGCUGUGCUGCUGUAUCUGGUGAUAGGAGCAUUGGUGUUCGGCUGGUUGGAGGCUUCCAAAGAGAAACAGGCUUAUGAAAAGCUGCAUGAAUCUCGGCGCUUUUUCCUGAACACGCACAACUGUGUUCAAGAGAGCAGUCUUAGCGAUUUCACUCAGACAGUAGUUACUGCGAUUGAAGCUGGUGUGGAUACCAGAAGCACUAAUUUCACCAGCAGAUGGGAUCUAGCCAAUGCUUUCUUCUUCUGUGGGACCAUCAUCACCACCAUUGGUUUUGGAAACCUUUCCCCGAAGACAGAGGCAGGCCAGCUGUUUUGUAUAUUCUAUGCACUGGUGGGGAUCCCCAUGUUUGGCAUCCUGUUAGCUGGAGUCGGAGAUCAUUUGGGCACUAUGCUCAGGAGGGCAAUUGCAAAGAUAGAGGCUCUGUUCCGGCAGAAGAAGGUGAAACACACCAGCGUACGGAUCAUAUCUGCAGUGUUCUCCAUUCUGAUUGGCUGCUUGAUCUUCAUUGCCUUACCCACCGUGGUAUUUCAGGAAGUGGAAAACUGGACACUUCUGGAGGCAGGAUACUUUGUAGUAAUCACACUGACAACUGUGGGAUUUGGUGACUAUGUAGCAGAGAACCGGAAAAAUGACAAUCCUAUCUACAAGCCCCUGGUGUGGUUAUGGAUCGUGUUUGGCUUGGCCUACUUUGCCUCCAUCCUCACUAUGAUAGGCAACUGGCUCCGAAUGCUCUCCAAGAAAACCAGGGCAGAGAUGGAGGAGCUACGAGCACAUGCUACAGAUUGGACCCAGAAUAUCCAGAACAUGUCUAUGGACUUUCGCAUCCCUGUCCCUUUGGACCUUAAUGAUCCUUUCCAGCUCCAGCGAAGGCGUAGAAGGAAACGCCGGCGUGGCGCGCACCAUCGACACCCAAAGCUCACUGUGGACGGACUUCCUCAUGGAGUUUCUCUGGAGGCUAAUUCCAUUAGGGAAAAUGGCCAUCUGUUUGUGAACUUGCCUGAUUCCCGGUAUAACAGUGCAUCAGACACCAGAUUACAUACGAAUUAUGAGAUGAGACCUGGAUCUUGCUUAACAUCAGGACAAAGCUCAAGGCCUAUGUCACACUCUGAAUUGAGGUCUGAUUCCAAGCCUGGUUCCGGAUCCACGUCCGGAUCCACGUCCAGAUCGGUAUCAGGAUCGGACUCCAUAUCUGAGACACCAUCGGACUCCUGGUCCCAGUCAGAGUGGAACUCGCAGGGGUCUGGGUCAGGAGAUGAGCCUGAGAGAAAGCAGGAAAGUGAAAAUGAUAAUGCCGAUGCGAGUCUUCCACCUCCUUCUCCUACUCCUUCUUCUGCUGCUGGACCCUCUCUCUUGGACUUCUUUGGUGAGAACUUGGCCUACAUCGACGAGUCGUCGGACACACUAAGUGACCGCGUCAAAGUGUCUGGGGCUGGUUCAAACCGGCCUCGCAGGCCCAAGAAAAGAAGCAUGAGAAGGCAACUUCCAUCUAUGAGUCCGUUAGGACUACAGAGAGCAUACAGCAGUGAACUUCAUCCACCAUCAUAUCCACCAACACCUCCACCACUAAAAGACUGAAGACAUUAAUCUCUGCAGGAAAUGUGAAACUUGAGGUUUUCACUUCAGUCUUAGCAUAGCAUACAGAAAUGUGUGGGUUGCCACUAAAUAAUCAUUUACAAAGAAACAGUGCUUUCAAGGGAAUUCCCUGCCCCUCUUGCUGGUCUGAAACAGAAAAAGAUGUUAACAAGCGUAUAUAUUUUAUACUUUUUCAGUAUUUGAAUUGCAGAAAUAUUUUAGGGGUUGUGGUCGAUUAUGAUGGCUGAUGAUUUGGGAAUAUAACUAUUAUACAUGUCCCCAUUACAUAGCCUAUACAUUUAACAAAGCCUGCAAAAAAGGUUAAAUCUAGAACCCUUAAAAGGACUUCAUUUGUCCCUCUGGGGAAAGCCUCCCAUGUAGAUCCAUAUAAGUGAGUGUUUCCUGUUCAGAAAAGAGAUCCAAGCUAGACUCUUUUUGGAACUUAAAAAUACCUUAAAGAAACUUUGCAUGAUUUUUUUUUUCAAAAGAGUGCAGUAAUGUUCAGCUUGUUUAUUUGGUCCCCAAAGAUCAUUUAAUUGCUCUGGAAAUGUCUUCUUCACCAAGACAGUAGACUAAAAUAAGUCAUAUCCUGGAAUGCAUCAGAAAUAUCCGUAUGCAGAAAUAAACAAAACCCACAUAAACCAGUUUGCUAUUGCUCCAAUAACCUGUAUUUGUGCUGUAAUUGUAUUAAUAUCGUAUUUAUUAGGGCAGUGUAGUUACAUAUUAAAAUAAUCCCCAGGAUGCUAAACUUAGAUUUACUUUUUCCGUUUGUUAACUUUAUGAACUGCGUAUUUCACAGAUUCAUGUGGGUUAUAUUUAUUUUUCCUUUAUAAGGACUUUUCUUUUUAAGCUACAGUAAUCAGUAAUAGACAUCUAAAUAAUUUUUUAUCAUGCAUUAAUGUACACGAUUAGGAGAAAUCAAACCAGGUGUUAGGGGGUUGCUUUACAAACGAUAUGCACACAGACUUGUCACUAAUAUUGACGCAUGCCUUUGUCUUCGGCAAAUAUCGAAAGGGUCUGAAGUACAACAUUCCCAGUUUGUAAUCAUCCCUUAUUAGUGAAGUAAUCUGCAUACUGGGUGAUAUGUGGCUAUAAUAUACUGACUACAUUCCUACAUCAAAACUAAAAAGGCCAAAAAGGCUUACAUGGCACACAAGUUGAGCUUUUCACAUUAUUUGACUUGUCUAGGAAUUCUCCACUAGUUCAGAACAAGUUCAUUUUCCAUGCUUUUAACAGUAACAGUAAAUGUUAUUGUGAAAUCUAGUAGAUUCAGAAAGUGUCUCUCUCUCACAGUGGUCCAGUGAGGUUGCCUUAGAAUGAUAGAAUGAAAACACAGCCACAGAAACACACUUGCAUUUACAUAACUCAUAUAAACUCCACAGUUUUUUUAUUAAUCAUUCCUACACUUAUUUUUAAACACCUUAAUUUGUAAAAGUAUUUUAUUUUAUUACAUACAGGUUUUUAUGAUCAUUUCUGUGAGUGUUUUAAAUAUAUAAUAUAUUGUCAAGUAUUUAUCUUUUGAUUUGUUUUUUAUGUUUUUGCCCAAUCUGCAGUUCUUGACGAACGAGCAGAAGGUCUGAACUUUUCACAAAUGUUUACUAAAAUUGAUAAUAUUUGAUUAGAUUAGAUAGACUCUCCUAAUGUGUAUGAAUCUAAUGCCAUUAACUCUAGCUGCUGGAUAUUUUUUUUCUUUUAAGAGAAGAUCAGACAUGACGUGAACCACAGAUGAAAAUAUGGCGCCCUCUUCUGGCUGUCUGAUAGUUUAAUUCAACCGCCCCCCCCCCCCCCCAACGUUUCAUAUUUUGCUUUGAUUUUGACAUCAACUGAGGACAAGUCAUUUGGUAGAGAUUUGUUCCUGCUUAAGUGACACAAAUAUGCAGAUGUUUAUUCUAUAGUUGGAGCACUGGCUCUUAAGACAGACACACACACACACACACAGAAACCAUAUUCUCAACAUAACAUUUCCUUUCCCAAAAUAGCCAGCCAUACAUCUAAACCUCAGUUUAAAAAAAAAAUAUACACAAAACCUGGUAUAAAGACAAACAUGUUUAUGGGAAAGUCCAAACAAUUGUAUAGGCAAUUGCCCGGUGCAGGACAGGUUUAAAUGCUCAGGGUGGCAGAUGAGAAUGAGAGAGAAAAAUGUUACAGGCCAGCGAGAGACAGCUCUUGGAAUGACUUUUGUAAGGGCCCUGGCAAACCAGGCUGCGGGGAUAAGUGCUGGGUGCGCAUAGUGAAGGGGGUAUUUAGAGCCAAGAGGACAAACACAUGAUGGUAGUUUAGUGAGGAGUCUCACCACAGGGCCGGCAAAGCUUCCCUAAUUUCUACCUCUGAGGGCCUGCAGCUCAGCCCCACCUAACACUGCCUCUCUACACCCACAGCAUUGAUGUCUGCAUCUAGACACCCUUUUUUGUUCUAUCUUGCCCAGAGAAUCAAUCUUAACCUGCUCUUUAUUUUAUAUAUGCUGUCCAAGAGGGUCUAGAGACGGUAAACAUUUAACUUUUAUAUCAUUUAGAAGUUAAUCCAGACAAAGGAUUCUUUUUUUCUUCUUCCUAUAAACCAAAUGUAAGCUAGCUAAGCUUAAAAAUAAUGUGUAAAAUGGUGUUGAAAUAAUAAAUAUAAUAAAUAUUAAAUAACUUAA